CAAAAAGAGAAGAUAAUAUAUAUGCAGAAGAUUGCAAUGAGUAGAAAAGAAGUGAUUGUAUGCCGAGGAAUAUGGUAUGUAAUGGCUCUACUCUCGCUCUUUGGCCUCUCCAUAUCACUCAAUCUUCUCUGGCCACCUGGGGGAAAGUCACCAGCAUUGUCUCGGUUCCUGAGGGACGGCGCGGUGAGUGCCACAACAUUCUAUGCGGUGACGCUACUCAGGUAUCUCUUAUUCACCGAUACUCCCUCCAGUAAUUGCUACAAGGAUUUCACUACAGACAAAGAGAGGAUUCCUCAGGUUGUGUUUGCGGAGUUUUCUAUAUUGGCGUUAUUUUGUUCUCCUUAUCUUUUGGUGGAUCAUCCUGAUCAUGACGUAUGGUUAUACAUGUCGUUAUUCACCAUAUCGUUGUUCACCGGUGGGAUAGGUCUGAUUCAGCUAUCCGAUAAGUUUAGGAUGGAUAUGAAGCAUGCUUAUAUCACGCUUCUUUGCGGUUGGUUGUGUUGGCUUUUUGGCAGUUAUGUUUUUAUUUACCUCCCCAGUAUGGCCGUGGCUAUGAUUCCUAUAGGAGUUUACUGGAUGUUCGCCCUUUCUAUCCUUUUGUAUAAUUUCUGCAGUGAGGAAUUUUCUAUAAAUUCCAGCGAUUCCCCUCUUCCUACUUAAUUCUCUUGCUUAAUUUUUCU